UCCAACACACCUAUCAAAGAGAAUUACCCGACCACAACGUUCCACAUCUACAAUUACCUACCUCCCUUGACAUCUCCUACCGCAUCCCCAUUGAACAACUACACACGGACAAAGACCACCAUAAAAUGUCCAUCAACAAAUCCCCAACCAACCGUCCCGACUCAGACGUCAUCCAGCUCCCAACAGACAGUUCAGCCGACCACUCCGGUAUCGCCUCCUCCUACGGGGCUGAUCUAGGUGCAGCCGCGGGUCCCACGAGCACAAGGGCAGACAAACCCUGGAAGCCGCCCGUGGUUCGCCAGCAGAGCUGGAGUAACGAGGACCAGAAGCAUGAGCUGCAGACUCGGUUGUUGGAUUUGGAGGAUGAGGAGGGAGACAGGCCCGGAUUCUCGGAGGCGCCGGCGGGGGUUCACUAAUCGGGUUCGUGGAGGUUGGAUCGGGUGGUGAAGGGAAUGGGCAAACAGUGAUUAUGAUAGCUGGUGGUCAUGGUGUUGUUUUAUGAUUAUCAUGAUGUUUUUGAUGAUGAUGGUUGAGCGAUGGAAUCGCGUGAGGAAAUGGUUCUGGCGGAUGGACGGGCUUUAUGAUUAGUUCACACGAUGCAGGUGGAUAGGGGAGAGGAGAUUGCAGCGGUUAGUUUAGUCAAAAGUCUGCUGCAUCUGCUGCAUCUGCUGUAUCUGCUGUAUACUGGUUAAUUGCUUCCAUGAAUCUGUGCUAAACUGGCUGCUGAUGCGGGGAAAAAUACGGGGCACCAUUGCAGGAUGAUUUCGCUGGCGGGGGGAGGUUAACUUUAAUUCAUAGGAGUAUGAUCACUGUCAUGGAUUAUCUGACUUGAAUGAUUAUGAUAAAGAAAAACAAUGAAGUUAUGUGCAG